CAUACAUAAAUCCGGCAAGGCUUGCUGAUGUUGUAACGACAAGUUGUGUGUCACAAUGUGUUAGGCAAACCAAGCUGUUCACGUGCACUUCAUAUGCCGACUCAAUUGUUGCAAAUAUGCCGACACAUCUAUGAACAGAUGUAAAUGCGUUAUGUUGGCAUAAUGCAGACAAUUUGCUAUCUGGGAUAGGUCUCUCAUUCGGCGUUAUGGCGACUGUGGGGGGUAUCCGAUCUCCGCAGGGCCGCACGAUCUCCGCACGUAAAGCAAAAACCGUGGAUAUCGAUCAUAUAAAUAGAACGCGCUCGUCUGCGCGGAGAUGCGGCCCUAUAUAGGAGGAGUUAUUUUUGAGAGCCGUAUCGUGACUCGUUACAGUUCUGCAUUCAGUUCUACGGGGUUUCGGCCGCGACGAACAGCGGCGACGGUUUCACGCGCUGCGUCUUAUACUAGAACAAAGAAAUCGAGGCCGUAAUCAAUUUAAUACGCGAGAAAAAAUAAUUCUUGAUUAUGCCGUUAAAAUUCGAUUUCUCAUAUUUGCGUUGUUCUUUCGUUUUUGAGGAUGCAGGAUGUCGCUGUGAGAAAAGAAGAGUUCUUGCACGAUUUGCUUUAACUGUAAGUGAUUCGUGAUUUAUUACUUGUUUUAAACAAUUGGACUGAUCUACAGUCUCCACAUGUGUAACGUUGUAAACAAAGGAAGGAGAAGAAUUGCAAGUGGGAUUAUUAGUGAGAGAUAGUCUUCUUUUUUUUUGCGAAAAUAAUGUUCUCGAAAUGAUAAUCAUUUCGCUGGUUUAAUUUUUGGACAUAUUUAAUAUAUUGAGUCACGGAAUUUUAGACUAAAGGUUGACGAAGAUGUUCAGUUCGUUGAGAUUGGCGACGAUGCGCUCGCACAAAAGCCGAACUAGGCCCGGAAGCGUCGCCACGUCCGCGAGCUCUGACUCAACGAGAACGGAGGAGACGCUCACGCAGACACAAUACCAUCCUCAUAGCUUCUUGUUGCCAGAUGACCAAGAGACAAGUAUUAUCGGCACGCUAUCGCCGCUUUCCGGCGUCUCAUCAAAAGUUGCGCAGGUACGAGUGGAACGUGAGGAUGGUAGUCUCGGUGUGACUCUUCGCGGAGGGAUGUCGAGGGCUCUGGUGGUGACGGGGGUGAAAGCAGACGGUCCGGCCGCUAAAGAGGGUAGAGUUAGGCCCGGUGACCGAUUGCUGGCUGUGGACGAUACCGAGCUACGCGGACUUACCUUGGCUGAGGCACAACGCGCGCUUAGAAGGAGCUCGGACACACCGAUUGCGUCUCUUACCAUUGAAUAUGACGUCGCGAAUAUGGAGGAGGCACGAGCGGCCACUUCGGGUCCAUUGCUUGUUCAAUUGGAACGUGGCCUUUCAGGAGAGCUUGGUUUAACUGUGAGAGAAACAUCAACUGGUGUCUACAUUGACAGCCUUCGUCCGGCAAGCACCGCGGAUCGGUGUGGUGUAUUGCAGGCAGGGGAUCGACUGUUAGCUGUGGACGAUACGUCUGUUCAGGAUGCUAUGACCGCCGCCAAACUGCUUAGAAAUAAUUCCGAGAGUUGUCGUAUUGCCAGACUGCAGAUAUUACCGCGACCACCCAGCGCGAGAACGGUCAAACGAAAGGCACAGCCGCAGGCCCAGCAAAACUCAAAUCAAACUCUGCAGAUGAAAGAGAGCUUGACGAUUGUUCUCCGGCCUGAUCAUCGCGGUUUUGGUCUUGCGCUCAAAUUGGCCGAAGAUCACAUGAAUUAUACAGUGAGCUUGCUGGAAGCUGGUGGUCCGGCAGAACGAAGCGGCAUCCUUUUGCCUGGUGAUAAGGCCAUAGCGAUUAAUCGGAGAAUGUUGCGUGAUUUGCAACCGUCAGAAGUAAUCAAUAUAUUGGAGACAUCGCAGAUGAUCGAGUUAGUGAUAGAAUACAAAGUGGGUGGAUCGGUGGUGCCGAGUUCUGGAAUUUUUACGGUGAGAGUGGCUAGGCCAUUAGGCGGCCAGCCCGAUCUAGGUCUCACGGUAAACGAGGAUUUAAUAAUCACAGAGGUCCGUCGAGGAUCGCUCGCUUAUCGAACUGGCAGUUUAGCGUCUGGAGACAGGUUGCUUGCGAUAGACGGACAAAAACUGGACCCUGGAGACUUGAGGCAAGCGGCUCAAUUAUUGCAUCGACCUGGCGGAUCGGUGGUCGCUUUAACUAUCAGAAAGCCAGAUCCUACUACGGAAAUAAGGGAUUAUUGUAGAGAGCCCAGUAUAGGAAGCGAUACAGUUCAGGCGCAAUUUCCGAAUGGUGCAUUACGUUCGGGCAGAGAGAGUCUUCCCAGUGUGGAUAGCGCGGUGGAUUCUUGGGGCGAACUGGCAAACAGUAGUGGUACCAUGCCGGAAAUAUUGAGACUUUGGGAUACUGCUUCUACGGAUAGUGGUCAAUUAGAUUUAUCAAUACCACCUUAUCCAGGGGCACAAGAACAACAGAUUUCCAACAACCGAUCCCAACAAAUAGUACAUGUGUCGCUUCAUAAGGAUCCAGUCUAUGAAGAUUUUGGAUUCUCGGUGUCAGAUGGUCUUUAUGAACGUGGCGUUUACAUAAAUCGUUUGCGUCCUGGCGGACCAUGUGAUGGCAUUUUGCGGCCAUACGACAGGAUUCUUCAAGUGAAUGAAACUAGUACGGAAGACUGCGAUUGUUGUUUGGCUGUUCCGCUAAUUGCAGCAGCCGGGCCGCGUUUAGAUUUAACGGUAGCAAGACCCUUAUCCCCGCAAAACAGUGUAAAAACUUUAUAGAUGGCUACAAUAAUCACCACCUGCGAUUGAACUAACAGUAUCAUUACAAUCCAAUUCAAUUUCAUCAGUUAUAUUCUAGAUAUUUUAAAAUUCAUUCUUUAACUAUAGUUCUUAUAGCAGAUAUAUUUUAGAGAUCUAUAAGAAAAAAAACGUAGACGCUAUUGAUACUAGUAGUUGCAUUCUUACAAUUAGAAUGCGUCUGUAAUGUUUUAUAUAUGAGCACUAGCUCGAAUAUUAAAUGUUUUUAA